AGAUUAUGAAAAAGCUAUGAUGAUGCAUCAAGAAGAGAUAAAUCAAUACUCAAUAAAUGGAAUGAAUACAUCUCUUACUGAAUAUCAGAAAGAUACAGACAUUAUUCCUCUAGAUGAAUUAACCAACCCAGUUUUAUUAUUUUUAUAAAUUUUAACAUAUAAUAAUGUGUUACCAUUUCUAUAUUAUAAUGUAAUAUUAAAGUUUUACAAAACAUUUCAAAAAUCUAUCAAUGACAAAGACUAUCUCCCACUCUCAGAACCAGACCAAGAAGAAAGCUUGAAUCUAGGUACAGUCGGAGCAAUAUGUUUGGACUCCCAAGGAAACUUUUACUCUGGCAUAUCAAGUGGAGGUCCCAUCCUUAAACAACCUGGCAGAAUCGGACACGCCGCAAUGUAUGGGUGCGGUUGUUGGGCCGAGAAUCGAAAGGAUAACGCGAAGAAUCGUACAAAAAUUUACGACGGAAUAGCUAUCUCAACUUCCGGGUGCGGCGAACAGCUCAUAAAAUCGCUGAUGGCUAAAACGUUGAGCCAAGAUUUGCUGCGAUCUCGCUUCGUCCACCAAGCUUUCACGGAUACGUUGCAAACUUUUCUAGAUGAAGCGAGCCUCGAACCCGAACCCUCCAAAAGUCUCUGCGGUGCGAUCGCGUUGAUUGGCUUGAAGAAGGACAAUGAUGAUAGCGCCGAAGAGCCUGACACCAGCAGCCGAUACGAAUUUGUUUGGGGACACACGUGUCGUUCUAUGUGUAUAAGUUACGUUUCCGGUCUCGUCGGCGACACCAAAAUCCCUAAACCUAAGGUGUGUUUUUCUAAACAAGCAGCCCAGAAUUGUGGACGAAGAAUAUAUUGCCAGGGUAAAAUGAUCAAAUUUUCCUAAUUGAAAUCUAGCAUCGCGUU